UGAUCACGUGACCUUUGAGUUUACUUGUCCUGUAGGGUGCGUGUGACUUAGUUCUUAUCUAAAUGGUAAUCUACAACUUAUCGUCGUUUAAUUUAGGUGUUUAUUAUUGAAUUCUCUACGCGUAUUCUCUCAUGAACAACCACAGAUGGAUCCUCCAGUAGAUCCAUCGUCAGACGUCACCAAUGAACACCGCUUGAACGACAGGGAUACACCAAAAAAGAAUAGUAAAAAGUUUGUGCUAGUUUUGACACUUUUUUCGGCUAUCGGUGGGUUUCUUUUUGGUUACGACACGGGUGUUGUUUCAGGUGCUUUAUUACUUUUGAAAAGAGAGUUCAAUUUAUCAGUUCUAGAACAGGAAAUUUUUGUGAGCGUAACUAUAGCAUGUGCCUGUCUGUUUUCCCUGUUUGGUGGCUAUCUCAACGACAAAGUUGGUCGCCGAUGGACUACAAUUAUUGCCAGUGUGGCCUUUACAAGUGGAGCCCUCCUUUUAGGAUUAGCUAAUGGAAUAACAUUGUUGAUGAUUGGCCGAGCCUUUCUUGGCUUCGGAAUUGGAUUGGCUUCUACUACUGUGCCUAUAUAUAUAGCAGAAUGUGCACCAGUAUCUAUACGUGGUCAGUUGGUAACAAUGAACAACUUUUUCAUCACUGGUGGGCAGUUUGUGGCUAGUGUAAUGGAUGGACUUUUUAGUUGUGUACCAGAAGGCUGGAGUGUCAAAAGUAAUCCAGUGCAUGGUAGUCUCAUCAAUACUUUCAAGAGAAUCUAUCAUAGCAAAACAGUAUGUCGUGCCUUAAUAGUUGGCUGUGGUUUACAGCUCUUCCAACAGUUAUGUGGUAUUAAUACUGUAAUGUAUUACAGUGCUUCAAUAAUAAAAAUGGCAGGUAUCCGAGAUGAAUCUAAGGCAAUUUGGUAUGCUUCUCUAACUGCAGCUGUCAACUUUCUGGCUGGCUUCAGUGGACUUUGGAUGAUUGAGAGAUUUGGUCGACGAAAACUGGCAAUGGGUAGUUUGGCAGGUGUUUUUGUCAGUCUUUCAAUAUUAGCAAUAGGUUUCCAGUUGUCUGCCGUAAAUUCACCAAAGAACUUGAAUCAAACAAAUUUAGAGAAUAACCUUUGCAGCUACAGCACUUGUGAUACAUGUAUAAUGGAUGACAAAUGUGGAUUUGAAUACACUGAUAAUGGACACACAGUGAAAUUUGGUUACUGCUUGCCAAAAGGAAAUUCCUCUGAUGAUUCAGAUAUCUGUUCCACUGAAACUAAUUCUACUACCGAUCAUGAAAUAUUUGCACUUGACUUCUGUCCUUCAGAUUAUUCUUGGUCAGCCAUUCUUGGACUUGUCUUAUACCUGAUGUCAUUUUCUCCAGGUAUGGGACCACUUCCCUGGACUAUCAAUUCUGAGAUCUAUCCACAAUGGGCGAGAGGUACAUGUAAUUCUUUGGCUACCUCAGUAAACUGGAUUUGUAACUUACUAGUAUCAAUGACAUUUUUAACAUUGACUGAAACCAUCACAAAAUAUGGUACUUAUUGGCUGUUUACAUUUAUAACUGGCUUGGGAAUAGUUUUUGUCUUCACAAGUCUACCAGAAACUAAAGGAUUGCCUUUAGAAGAAGUGGAAUCCUUAUUUAAUUCUCGCCUUUGUUCUUGUGGUAAAAGAAGGAAUUACAAAGAUAUUGAUAAUAGAAAAUAAUGUCUCUUCAUCAACAACAGAAUUGAGCAUUUAGUCCUUUUGAUACCAAUCUACCUGAAAUUACCCCUGGUUUAAUUACACAAGACCUCUAUGUUAAAGUGUUCAUAUUAAAAUUUAAAACUUUUACAAUUCUAAAUAAGAACCGGUAUUUUUUUAAGUUAUGUCCCAAACACCAGCUUAAGGAAAACUUUCGAAUUUUUUUUACUCGAGCACUUAAAAUUAUUGAUUAUUUUAAAAAUUAAUUGAUACAAAUGGAUAAUGCAUUUUAUUGACAAUAUGCUCACAAAAGAAUUCAGGAAAUGUUUCAAGUAAUUCAUUGCUUAAAUAUCUGUAGCAUCAUGUAUGUGUGUGUGUGUGUGUGUGAUGAAUGUGUUCUUGUUUUUGUAUAAGUGAGCUAAAAGAUGUGGGAAAUUUGAAGGCUCCUGUAGAUUGACAAGAUUAAUGUGGUUGAUGUUUAGUUUGAAUAUCUAUAGAUUGUAUGUCGAGUGGCAUUGCUUUGAGGGAUGGGUUAUAUAACUAGCCAUAUUUAUGUGUGAAACUACCGUUAUUCUUGCUUUGCUUCAUUUCGGCUCUGCUUGAGUAGAUAUAUACGAUCAAAAGUAAUCUGGCCAUGACUAUCCAUUUUCAUCCUAUUUUCAGGCAUUGUGUGUACAAGAUAACUAGAGUGUGAUCCAAGAGAAAGAUUUGGCUGCAUUUUCUUGCUGGUUUACUAAUCAUGUAGGAGCUCUCUUGUCUUGAGUAUGUUUUUGAAAAAUGUGAAAAAUGAUAAAGGAAAAUAUGAUUAUGAAAAUUUGAUUCUGUAUGCUAAUUUCUCAGACAUUUUUAUUCAAAUAUCUCUUCCACUACACUCUCGGAGUGGUUGGCGUUAGGAAGGGCAUCCAGCUGUAGAAACUCUGCCAAAUCAGAUUGGAGCCUGGUGUAGCCAUCUGGUUUCACCAGUCCUCAGUCAAAUCGUCCAACCCAUGCUAGCAUGGAAAGCAGACAUUAAACAACGAUGAUGAUGAUGAUGAUCUCUUCUGUCUUAAUUUUCAAUGGUGUUGGGAUGAAAUUUUCUUGCAAGGAACUUUUAUUUUUGAUAUAGAUGUUUUCGAUCUAGUUUGGAUUUUUUGCCAUCAAAUUUGAAUUCUUUGCCAUCAAAUUUGAUGGCAAAGAGUUCAAAUUUGAUGGCAAAGAAUCCAAAUUAGAGCGAAAACAUCUAUAUUUCAAUAGUUUCUUUUUAGAUAACUCAACUAAAUUUAGAAAUAAUGAGAAAGUGUGUGUGUGUGUGUGUGUGUGUGUGUGUGUGUGUGUGUGUAUUUAUGUAGGUAUUGUGUUGUGUAAGAUUAUGUGAAGGAAAGAGGAUGCAGUGUGUGUGUGUGUGUGUGUGUGUGUGUGUGUAUACUGAACUUGGCUGAUUAAAAGGUUUUGAUGAUGAGAAAAAGUAUCCAACUGUAAACAUUGCCUCAGAGAAUUUAUCCAACCUUUGCUAGCAUGAAAAAAAUGUAUUUAAAACACUGGUGAUUAUGAUGAUAAUUAUAAAUAUGUUAUGUUUGGAAGUACUUACAUACAUAUGUACAUACUACUUAUGUGCAUAUAUGAGUAAAAUUUCAAGUUUAGCAAAAAUUACUCAUUUUAUUCUCAUUUGCCAUAUCUAAGAAUAGAAACAAAUAGAGACUUAUAAAUCAUGUGUAUUAAAUUAGAUGAAAAUUUGCUCAACUCAGUAAUUUUGACUAGAACGUCUAUAAUAGGAUUCCAAAAUUUGUUUCUAAAACUAUUAACCAACAAAACAAAAAAGAAAGAAAAAUAUUCUGAAAAAUGGUAUUUUAUUUCUUGAAGAUUCUUUAUCACUGUAAUCUUUUUCUCAUCAAAACUCCAGCGUUUCUUUAUUUGGCAUCACAAACUAAAUAUGACUUUUAUGACCAAAUUUAUUUUUGGCCAAAGAACAACAGAAUUCUUCUGCUACAAGAAACCUAUUUUGGUACAACAAUAUUGAUUUAUAAUGUAACUUACAAUCUUUUUUUGGGGGGUGGUUUACUUUGUUCUUUUUAUAUAAUUAUUGUUAUUAAA